ACGCGCAGCUCCGUUGGAUUAACGCUUUUUUCCCGCCCGGUUUCUUUCGCCGUCCGAAACGUUCGAAUUUUGCCCGCGAUUUUUCCGGUUCCGACCUCGGUUUUUCCGGUUCUGACCCCCGGUUUUUCCGGUUCCGACCCCCGGGUUUCCUUCAUUUCCCGAAUUUCCAGUGUGCUUUUUUUCGACACCGCGACUUGAUUUUCGUUAAAAAAACGUGUAAACAAAAUUAAUUUUUUUUGGCAGUUACGUUACGUUAGUGUGGACGUUACGGGCAGUGCAUUACGUUACUGUUGGUAGAAAAUAUUUACCGACGUUUUAAGGCGGAGUAAAUGAACGAUCGAAGUAUGUGAACGUGGCACAAAGUGCUAUUGCGUGAAAACGCAUAUGGGUGUGCAAAAAACGAUUUUAAGUAGAAAAAAGUGUUUCCUACAACGUUAUGAAGUGUUUUCCAGUGUUUUUUGAUAUUUUGAAAAAUGCCGCCCCGUUUUACUUUAUACUGCCGUGUUUUUUGGUUUGAGCGGAUUCAGUUACCAAUCGCGAGAGAUCUUCCCUUUUAACCUAUUAUACAGCUGUCCGCGCGUCUAAAUAAAAAUAAAAAAGCGUGUCUAUUCUUGUGUACGUAGGGAUGAUUUUGAAGUUGUUUGGGCAAAGUCAGCAGUUCUUAAUUUUCAUAAUAUAACGAAGUGCUUCGAAAUCUUUGGAAAUCUUUUGGUGUCGAAAAUUUAACAGCUGCUACGAUAAUAGUUACAACUUUUAAAAUCUAUUUUCAGUGAAUCAGAAAAUAUAAGCUGACGUAUCGGGGCAGUGCAUCACAACAAACAUACGAGGAAAUUUCCGACGUAUUGAGGCCUAAAAUAUAAAAAAGUGAACAACUGCAAGCUUAUCCCGAAGUUCUUUGUGCGAGAAAAAAGAACACCUUAUCGCAUUCAUCUCCCGACUUUUGAACGAAAUGUCAUUUUACAAAUUGCUGGUGCUGUGUAAGAGCUCAAAUAGGAGGAAAAAGAUUUCCACCUGGGUUGGAAAAGUGAGCGCAGGCCGAAAAGCCAACGCUAAAAAUUUGAAAGACACACCCCACGCCUUUCAUUUUUCAGCUGGAUUAUAGGAGUUUUUCCACUUUUUAUCUGGCAGUCUAAGACAGUGUCCACCAAACUGUACGUGUUUGUUUGGUGUAAAAUUGGCGUUGUGCAAAUAUUUUGAACCAGAAGCGGUCAGAUACCAACAAAAAAAUCAAUUUUUGUCACAGAGAAACCACUGACCGUUUGAUCAGGAGUUACCGAGGCUCUGAGUAUAACAUUAAGUCGUUCGCAAGAAGCUAACAUUGAAUCAUCCUUGGGUUCUUCUCACGACCCGACGUUCUUUCCAACGGCACACAUUGACGUGAAACUUUAUAUUCUUCUUGCGACGAAGUGAAUACCCGAUCGGCUGUGGAAGAUGAUGACGAUGAACAUUGGGAUGUACAACAGCGGACUGUAUUCGACGUCGAGCCUGAACCAGGACAUGACGAACUACGGCAUGAACUACGACGGCUCCCUCAACUUCGUCCACCAUUUCGACCAGCAACCCGCCUCCUACGGCGACCAGAAGUACUACGAGACCCCCCAGCAUCGCGGGGUCCACCAGUACUCCCAGCAAUACUUCAACCAAAGAGAGACCGACCUGAACCUCCCCUACGUCCCGGAACCAGAAACGAACAACCGCAAAUACGAAGUCAACAGCCCGGACACCUCCAGCCAGUACUACAACCAGGACCAAAUCAGUCGGGUUCCUGACAGUGUGAUCACGUCAUCCAACGGUUUAAGCUACACGAACCUGGACUACGGGACCAGUGGCUAUGGUCAGCCAGGGCAGUAUAAAUACCUACCCCAUCCGAUUGGUGGCUCUUUCAAAACCGACGAUGACCAUCAUUACCAGGAUGGGUUCCUGACCGAGGGGUCGUCGGAGAACCAUCUAUCCAGGAGUCAUCACUAUGAUGAUAGUCUAUCCUCGUCCGACUAUCAUCACCACCACCAUCACCAUCACCACUCGAGUUUCCAGGGGUUGAUUCCGACGUUAGAUGCUAGUCAAGCUUACGCCCACCAGCACUUCCACGGGCAGCCGUUCCAGAAUAUCAAGGAGGAGGCGGGUGCUCGGGAGACGGGGGUGGCUGAGGAUGGGGUGGCGGGGCUGCCCCACCAGCAGGCCGCCCUCCAGCACUCCCAGAUGAUGGGGGAUUAUUCCCAUCUCCACCACCACCCACCGUGUUCCCAGGAGACCGUUGGGGCCGGGAACCCACCUACGACGACGGCCAUCACGACUUACAAGUGGAUGCAAGUCAAGAGGAAUAUCCCCAAACCGGCCGCUCCGAAACCGCCGCCAAACCCGGAGUUCCAAUCGAUGGGGAACCUGGCCCCGGGUCCGAUGGGGGCCUCGACGGGGGGCCUCGGUGGGUCCAACGUGCUCAUGUCCCCGAGCUACAUGGCCCCGAGCGGGAACGGGCAGGGCUCGCCGCUGGCCGGCACCGGGCUCCACAACCUCCUCAACAACUCCGGGCGGACCAACUUCACCAACAAGCAGCUCACCGAGCUCGAGAAGGAGUUCCACUUCAACAAAUACCUGACCCGGGCGAGGCGGAUCGAGAUCGCCUCCGCGCUCCAGCUCAACGAGACCCAGGUCAAGAUCUGGUUCCAGAACCGGAGGAUGAAGCAGAAGAAGCGGAUGAAGGAGGGACUGGUGCCGCAGGAGAUCAUAUCCAACUCCCUGGGAAGUAGUCAUCUCAGCACUAGUAGUAGUACGAGUAACUCCCCGACCGGGCAGAUUUUGAAUCAUCAUAAUGAGGACAGCACCGAGUCCUGAAACCGUUACUUUUAAGUUCGUAAUGAGGUGAAACUAAGGUAUAAUCUUCCCAAAGCAAAUGGACUGAGAAAAAUCUAUGGCUUAUAAAUGUCGCAGGCAAAUGGCAAUCGCCGGCAAUUUGCAAGCCAGUGGUGAAUAAAUAUAGAAAAUCAUAAAAUUCAAACAUGAAAGAACAAGAUUAGAGUGCUGAUUAUGUUGCCUAUAAUGUAAAUAAACACUUUUUCAUCCUGAAAAGCAUGGCAGAAAUAUGCACACUCGAAGAGAGUGCAGUGAACUCUGUGACAUUAGUUGGGUCGAGAUCGGGCAGGCAACUAAACUAACGUCGUGAUUUGUCAUGAGUCACUUUACGCUUUGGCGUAAAGUAUCACGAAAAAUGAAGGCGCUUCAAGCCGAGCUUAUACUUUUGAAGGCCACAACCUUUAUGAUUUGCACUAUGCCGAUGCGCAUUAUUGCGAUUUAUUGAAACAAUGUGCGAACCGCUUGCGAAUUGCCGGCGAUUGCUAAUUGCCUGCGACGUAAACAAGAGACAAGAGAUCCUCCAUUGGUAUCAUGGCAAUAGUGAAAGCUUUAACUUUCGGAACUCCAGCAUUCAACGACGGCUGACUUAUCUACUCGGUCGAUGGUUAACAACGUGUUGCGAACAAACUGAAAUUUGGGAAACUGGUUUGGCUCAUGACGCCAACCGAAGCUCAUGAGCCACCAAGUAGGGAGGUUGACAGCCGAAAAAAGGGUGAUGACUGUUGCUCCUUCAUAAUUUAUUGUCCAAAAUUGUCCAUAUUGUCACAUUUUGAGCCGUUAUGUGAUCAUAAGGAAAUGAAACCGUACAGAAACAACGUAAAAAUUAAUUACAGUACACUGCCCGACUGCCGAGCUAAGUUAAAACACCUGGAAGAGGAUACCUAUGUUUCACUCAUCCGUUGACUAUUCAAAUGUCGUGUUACCCACCUGAGGGAGAGGAGAUCUCAGUUCUCAUUACUAUGCGGCGAAUAAGAUAGGGCUCAAAUUAUUAAAAGGUGCGGUAAACAAGACGGGUCGGAUUCGUUAAUAUCCAAAAAAAACUUUUCAGUCAUUCAUGCAAAAAAAGUUGGAUUUCAUAAAACUGAUUUGUUAGUAGAUUGGAACCAAAUCAUGGCAAGAUCAGGUUUAUCUCUUCAUUACUUUCCAAAAA